UUGAAAAUGAUGCCUUUUUUACUCUCAGUUCCGCUUAAAGUCUGGCCGGUAAUCGAAUCACUCCCCUCCAAGAAUAACCAAAGGAAAGCUAACCUUGGCAUUGCUCAGCAAAGAACACGCCUUUUUUAUUCAUCUCUUGAUCUCAUCUGGGAUUUUUUUUUUGGUGCUCUAAUAAUAAGAAAAACCCAGUUUUUUUUGGUCAAGGAAUCAACAACCAAGAAACGCGUUAAAGAAAGUGGAAGAACACUGUCUAUGAACUGGAAGGAUUUUGAGUGAAAGAUCCAAAAGAAAAAAAAACAAAAACAAAGGAUCUAAUGAUCAUUUCCACCCAAGAGAGCAGAAAAUCUGAAGAUCUUCAAGAAUUUCCCUCCCCUUUCACAAUUCCUCUCAGCUUCAUUUCCAUUCCUGCAAGAACAGAAUCAACAGAAAGGCCGAAACUUUCAAGAAAUAAGGAGUCUCAGAACACCCAAAGUUUGGAUCUUAAUGGCAUGGCCCUCUCAUGCCCAUCUUUCCUCAAAUCCACACUUCUUUGCUUGACACUCCUUUCAUCUCUUAUCUUCUUCUUCUUCCUCCAAGCCCCACGAAAACCCCCACGAAUCCCACAAAGAUCCCUCCUUUCAACUUCCUGUUAUUCUCGACAAUCUUCUGAUAGUACCCUCAUUAACUACCUUUCCCUCCAUUACUGUCUUUUCAAUGAAAAGUUUUUCCUCUCAAUUCCUUUCCUUUCCCUUCUUCUUCUCCUCGACUUUUACAUUCUCAUCAAAACAGCCCAAUCCCAUUUCUCUGUUGUCACCACCAAGCUCUCUUCUCUCCUUAACUUGUCCCCAUCCAUGGCUGCUGUCACUCUUUUAGCCCUUGGAAAUGGUGCUCCCGAUGUGUUUGCCUCCCUCCAUGCUGUCCGCUCGGGUCAUUACAGAACUGGGUUUGGCGCAAUUUUGUCGGCUGGGACAUUUGUAUCUGCCUUUGUGGUUGGUUUUGUUGCUAUCUAUGCAGCACCUUUUGGGGUAAAACCUGCUCCUUUUAUAAGGGAUGUGUUGUUUUAUCUAACUGGGGCAUUGUUUUUGUUCUAUGUGUACUUGAGUGGCGAGAUUUUUGUGUGGCAAGCAGUUUCUUUUGUUGCAUUUUAUAUAUUCUUUGUUGGGUUUGUGUUUUGGAUGGAUUUUGGGACCGAAAGAGAGGAGGAGAAGCUGUCUUUACAGAAGGAGAUGGUGACAGAAGAAAGCCAUUUGCUGGAUAAAAAUGGUGAGGUUGGAGAUGUUGAGAGGGGUGUGAAGGUAGACAAGAAAGCAUUUGGAAUUGCAGGAGUAUGUGAAGUGAUCUCGAAAGCAUGGGAGGUUCCUAUAACUUUUCUUCUCAAGCUCACGAUUCCGCAAUCUUCCCCUUCUGAAUGGAGUAGAUUCUACCUAUCUGCUAACAUUGUGCUUUGCCCACUAGCCCUUUUAUUUGCUUGUAACUCAUUCAUGCCAUUAGAUCACCCGAUUGUGUUCCUCCUUCCAAACACCCGUUUCCCUCUCUGGGUUGUUGUACUGUUUGGAAGCUUCUCUCUUGCCACCCUUCACUUUAUGUUGGAAAAAGAACCUCCAAAGAAUGAUCAAAUCCCUGUAGUGGUUCUGGCUUUUGUAAUGAGCGUGUUCUGGAUAUCAACUGUCGCGGGGGAGUUGCUGAACUGCUUGGCAGCCAUCGGAUCACUUCUUGAACUGCCUCCAGCACUCCUUGGUCUCACAGUGCUUGCAUGGGGAAACUCUGUGGGAGAUCUUGUAGCUGACGUUGCGGUUGCCAAAGCCGGCCAUCCGGCAAUGGCUAUGGCUGGAUGCUUCGCUGGGCCAAUGUUUAAUAUGCUUGUCGGGCUUGGAUCAGCUUUGGUAAUGCAAACAACUAAUGUUUACCCAGAAGCCUAUCAGCUUAAUUUUCACAUUGGUAUUAUUAUUGCAUUUGUCUUCUUGCUUCUGAGCCUGAUGGGAUCUCUAUUGGUUAUAACUUGGUCUAGAUUCCGGGUGCCUAGAUUUUGGGGAUUCUGCCUUGUUGGCCUUUAUAUAAUUUUCACACUAGUUAGCUUGAUCAUUGCUAAGUUCUCCGGUUGAUUGGUAUGAUCCUCUAAGCUGAAGGCAUUCAAUUCAUAUAUGCUGAUGUAUGGCCUUUAUACAUUGUUUGUCUUGGCAUUAUGCGGUGCCAGAUUAGUAUAUAUUGAUUGUGUGAAAGGAGGACAAGUACAAGAAAUUGUUGGGGGGGGGGGGGUUGUCUGCAAUUUCUAGACAAAAUUGUAUUUCUUCAUGUGUUAGAUUCUCCAUAUGAUAAUGACUGUUUUGCUCAAGAGCGAAUUAGAAUAUCAUACAAAUCAGAAUAAUUUCUUUGUAAUAGGCAUUUAGUCUGAGCCUAAAAUGAUGUAAUUGUAUUCAAUAGAUGCAUACUUUCAGUAAUGAAAUUCCUCAAUUUUGUUUUCCUUGCA